AGGAAGCAACAACAACAACAACAACAGCGGGAGUGGUGGAGUGGUAGGCACGGCUAUCAUGGCUCCCAGUGUCAAAUUCAAGUCCAGCCAAACAAGUUCCAUUGCGUCUCCGGUUGUCAUUAGUCAGGGAAGCAAUAAAGUAAAGCCUUUCGAGAGCCGAAAGGCCGCCAGUCAACGGAGAAGGGCUCUGAAGCAAGGAACAACAAACAAGGAGAGGAGUGAUUCGUCCAAAAAGCGAUCACCAGCCAAAAGUGAUAAAAAGGACAUUUUCAUACAAAUACCUGUCAUGGAGUCUCCGAGUCCUCAGGCUGAUGAGGAGCCCCUGGGAGUCGAGAUUGAUGCUCUGGAGGUGGAGGUGAUCUUACCCGAGCCAGAAACCCCGGAUAUUACCAUCACAGACACAGCUGAUAAUGAAAUUCGGCGCCUACCAUGUCCAUCCUCAUCCGAUGAAGAGGACAGUGAGUCUCGUGAGUUGGAGCGGCUCAAGAACCAAAUCAGAGCCAACCUCAAACCCAGGGACGUUAAGAAGGACAAAGAGGCCGCGGCCGCUGUGGUCCAAGCCUUCAAAAACCAAGUGAAUAAUCGACGACCAACCAAAGUGGAAAAUAAGUGGCACAUUUGGAAGUACGCUCAAUAUGAGAAAAGUCGAACCCCCAAAAAGGAUUGGCUCGACGAGACUUUAGCCGGGGGAUCGAUGGAUGUUGGCUGGGGACGACGGAUCUACGAUAAAAACGAAAUUGAGAGUGAUGAUCGAGAGCGAGAGCGAAUCCAAUUGGACGAGGCUAAUACUCGUCACUUGAACGUAAAGUUGAAGAAAAUCCCCGAGAUGUACGGCUUGUGGGACAACAUCUACGACCGGCGAGUGAUCCGAGCCUUGGACUGCAAUGCAAAAUGGAUCCCAAAUCGGAAGGAGGUGGAGAAACGUAAGAAAAAGGAUCGCAAUAAAUCCUCUCGUAAGGACAAAACCGACAAGGAUCAAGACGGAGAAGAUCCGUUUGCCGAGUCCCGCAAAAAAUGGGUUCCAACCGGUAAUGAGCUCACCGAGGACGAUCUGGAGUUUUGCUUGCAUCAUACCAAUUACCCAAAGGAAAACAUCAAGAAGUGGUUCAAAGGGUUCCGUCAGACGUGUCCCAACGGACGCCUAACCAAAGCUCACCUCCAUUCCCUAUUCAAACAGAUUUUUCCCAACGGAGACUCGGAAAUCUUUUGCAACCACAUUUUCCGUAUAUUCGACAACGACGGCAACGGCUUUCUGGACUUUAAAGAGUUUCUCAUGGCCUUGGAUGUGGCUUCUUGUCGUUCCGAUGUGGAGAAACUCCAAUGGGCAUUCAGGCUAUACGAUGUGGACUCCUCAGGUUCCAUUAACCUAAAGGAAAUUGCCACCAUCAUGGAGACCAUGGAACAAGUCGAAGGCCACAAGGACGUGUCGAGUCUGAUGGUGGCCAAGAGGGCCACGGAAAUCUUUGGCAAGCUGGAUGACGACAACGACGGCGAGAUCACCAUGCAAGAAUUUGUGGACGGUUAUCUUCGAAUGAGAGAAUCUGAUGGUGCUUCCUCUUCUGAUAAUACUUCGGAUAAGCCUUGAAGGGCCUUCCCAGAUGCGUACAACCCAGGGUUUUGUGAGACGGGGAUCUUAUUCAGUGUGUAAUGGUACAAUUUUCAAUGUUGAUAGAACACAAAUAAAUC